UCGUGUCUCCGUUUCAUCUAAGCUUCGUGAAGUGAGUUUUAGUUUGUUAGCCAGAGAGGGAACAGUUAGGUCACACUUUUGCCCUGACAGCACAUUUGGACCCUAGGACAUGACUGAAGAAGUGAAUGUUGUGGUAGUGGGCUCCUGUAUGACUGAUCUGGUCAGCCAGGCCCCUCGGCUGCCCAAAGCAGGAGAGACGAUACAUGGACACAAGUUCUUUAUCGGCUUCGGUGGCAAAGGGGCAAACCAGUGCGUUCAGGCGGCUCGGCUGGGAGCCAGGACCGCUAUGGUGUGCAAGGUUGGCAAGGAUUUUUUUGGAAACAGCUAUAUUCAAAAUUUUAAAGACAAUGGCAUAUGCACAGCAUUUGUGGAUCAGACGAGCGACGCUGUGACUGGAGUUGCCUCCAUCACUGUGAACACCGCAGGCCAGAAUGCCAUCGUGAUUGUGGCAGGUGCCAACAUGCUGCUGGGGGAAGAGGAGCUGCAGCGGGCACAGGGGGCCCUGGGGAAGGCCAAGGUGCUCGUCUGCCAACUGGAGGUCAGCCCAGACACCUCCCUGCAGGCCUUGCGUAUCGCCCGCAAGAACCACGUGAAGACUAUCUUCAACCCCGCCCCAGCGAUUCCAGGCCUCCACACUGACUUCUACAAAGCCUCCGACAUCUUCUGUUGCAAUGAGUCUGAGGCAGAGCUGCUGACAGGUGAGUGUGUAGCAUCGGUGGAGGAUGCCGUGCGUGUCGGCCGGGAGCUGCUGCACAGAGGCUGUGCUUCAGUCAUCAUCACUCUGGGCCCACAGGGCUGCGUGGUGCUGCAGGCCACCCACCCUGAGCCCAGACAUGUGCCCACCAGCCAGGUCACCGCCACAGACACUACGGGUGCUGGUGACAGUUUCAUCGGAGCAUUGGCAUUCUACAUUGCUCACUACCCCACAAUGCCCUUGGAAGAGAUGGCCAGACGAGCUAAUCUUAUAGCUGCUGUGUCCGUGCAGACCGUCGGCACUCAGAUGUCUUAUCCAUUCAAGAACGACCUGCCACCAGAACUAUUUUAAAACACCUUAAGGCGUCUUCCCUGUUUAGAAAUAAAUAUCCAUCUGAACCACUGCACUGAAAGAAGCCUUGUCUGAUAUGCAAUGCUAGGAAACCUUUUCUUAGGAAAUUAACUAAAUAUAUCUAGUCACUUGCAGGGGAUUUAUGCUACCUUGCAACUGAUGUUUUUAUGUCUUAAACAGUGAAAUAAGAAAUUAUGUUGUCUCUUAUUGCAGUAAUGUGCUGUUUCUGGUGUACUAAAAGGCAAGAUUAUCCCUAAGGAUUUUAACAGACUGAAAAAGUAACAAUAUCUACAUAUUUUGUCUCAAAGAAGCAACAUCACAAUUACCUAGUGUUCCAGCCAUAUAGACGCUCUAUGUGAACGCUUUCAUUGAGCAGACGGUGUUAGACUUGCAUCACAAUAGGUUUAGCUUAGACACAGGCUGUCUUAGACCUUGCAUAAGCAAAAUAAUGCAGCUUCCACAUCAUGAUUAUUAAGCCAAGAAGAUUCACUUGUAUAGCCCGUGAUAUAUUUGCAUUCUUUUCAUAAACAAUUCUAUUGGAGCACUUUAUGCCUAGGUUGCCUUGACGACAAA